AUACUCAACAGGAGCAGGAGAGAGAGAGGGAGAGAGAGCAAAGUUUGUGACACUGUAGCACUCAGUGUGACUUUUAACACAGCAUUUGCGGCACACAGUUUGGGCUUCGACAUCAGUGAGGAAAAUACUUCUACAACCAAAAUAAAAUGAAGGCCACUCGUGGGAUGGAGCUGCCAGAAGACUUCUGGAUACCAAUCGCUUUGGACACUAACAAUAUCACAGCACUUAGCCCCUUCCUGGUUCCCCAGGACCACUUGGGGAGUUCGGGCAUCUUCUAUGGCAUGGCGAUAUUCAUGUUGUUCCUAUUUGUGGUUGGAACUGGGAUUAACGCCCUCACCAUUGCAUGCACCAUGAAAUUCAAGAAGCUUCGAUCCCACCUCAACUACAUCCUGGUGAACUUGGCCAUGGCGAACCUUCUUGUGGCCUGUGUGGGCUCCUUCACCGCCUGCUGCUCCUUUGCUUCAAGAUAUUUCAUCUUUGGCCCACUUGCAUGCAAGAUUGAAGGUUUUGUGGCAACACUCGGAGGCAUGGUUAGCCUGUGGUCUCUAGCUGUGGUAGCUUUUGAAAGAUGGCUGGUCAUCUGCAAGCCACUUGGCAACUUUGCUUUCAAGCCGGAUCAUGCUUUAGCAUGUUGUGGAUUCACCUGGGUGUUUGCACUGAUUGCCUCAGUUCCUCCGCUGGUCGGAUGGAGCAGGUACAUCCCAGAGGGCCUGCAGUGCUCCUGUGGACCAGACUGGUACACCACAGACAACAAAUACAACAAUGAAUCUUAUGUGAUGUUCCUCUUCGCCUUCUGCUUUGCUGUUCCCUUCGCCACCAUCGUCUUCUGCUACUCACAGCUCCUCAUUACACUGAAAAUGGCAGCGAAGGCUCAAGCUGAGUCAGCCUCCACCCAGAAGGCAGAGAGGGAAGUGACCAGGAUGGUGGUCGUCAUGGUGCUGGGCUUCCUGGUGUGCUGGAUGCCUUACGCGUCGUUUGCUCUUUGGGUUGUCAACAACCGCGGGCAACCUUUCGACUUGAGAAUGGCAACCAUACCCGCCUGCUUCUCCAAGGCCUCCACAGUCUACAACCCAAUCAUCUACGUUGUCUUUAAUAAACAAUUCCGUUCGUGCAUGCUGGCGAUGCUGGGGAUGGGCACCGGCGAGGAGGAAACCUCAACAACACAAUCAGUAACCGAAGUCUCCAAAGUUGGGCCUGCUUAGGAUGCACAUGUACACUUUCUAUGCUACAACUGGUUUGAAGAUUGUAAAUAACAAUAAAUGUGCAUGCGCUUUAUCAUAUGAAAUGUGUUGCAAUUUCAAAAAGAGGAUAUAUAUAUAUAUACAUAUAUAUAUAUAUAACCUGAAAAAAAAUAAAAUGUAAAAAAAAUAGUCUGUGUAUUUUUCAAGUUGCAAAAUAAAUAAAUCUGCUGAA